UAAAUUCAAAUGCCCAAAUUGAUCUCAAACUCGACGUCAGGAUGAAGCAUUUUGGGACAACUUUUUUCGGCUGCAAAUUUAUAAAUUAGAGGAAAACUUUCUACCCACUAGGGUAGGCAGAUUCCGAUCCCCAAUCCCCCCGAUUCUGGAUCUGAUCCCUCCUUAGAUUUUUUUAAAUUUAACCCCCAAAAUUCCCCAGAAUCGACAUCUAAUCCGCAGGAAAGCGGAGCAGGACAUGGGCAGUUCAAUUUUCCCGUCGUGCCCAUUUCGGAAUGGCUGCCUUUUCCUCUUGUUUAUGCUCUUUAUUGUUUCCGACCUGCCUGGAAUUUACGCCGAGGAAAAUGGAGGGCUCAUGUCAAGUGACGGGAUCGUGGAUCUGGGUCGGCGUAGUAAGAUAAUUGUGGACAAAAUUAAGACAGUUGUCAAAGAAGAUAAUGAUCCUGAUGCCAUAAGUCUUGGUGUUAAUGUUGAAUCUGGUCUCGGGGUCUUCGAUGCUUUCAUUGCUAGUUUAUCUAUGAUUCUUGUCAGUGAGAUUGGAGAUGAAACUUUUAUAAUAGCAGCUCUCAUGGCAAUGCGGCACCCCAAGUCUAUUGUUCUUUCUGGUGCUCUCAGUGCCUUGUUUGUGAUGACAAUACUUUCAACUGGUCUUGGGAGAAUUGUGCCAAACUUGAUAUCAAGAAAACAUACCAAUAGUGCAGCUACAGUUCUAUAUGCGUUUUUUGGACUUCGACUGCUCUACAUUGCAUGGAGAUCAGAUCCAAAAGGUUCUCAGAAGAAAGAAAUGGAAGAGGUACAAGAGAAGCUUGAAUCUGGACAAGGGAAAACAGCGCUACGACGUUUCUUUUCUAGAUUUUGUACUCCAAUCUAUUUAGAGUCUUUCAUAUUGACGUUUUUAGCGGAGUGGGGAGAUCGUAGCCAGAUAGCCACAAUUGCUCUAGCAACACACAAGAACGCCGUUGGAGUUGCAGUAGGGGCCAGCAUCGGCCACACCAUCUGCACAUCUUUAGCUGUCAUCGGUGGAAGCAUAUUGGCGUCAAAGAUCUCCCAGCGUACAGUUGCAAUGAUAGGCGGGUUUCUCUUCCUCGGGUUUUCUUUGUCUUCAUACUUCUAUCCUCCACUAUGAUUUCGAAAAGUUUUGGAAUGACACUGACACAUGAUCAUCCAUUCUACUCCACGUGCUCCCGAGGAAAUGUGCUGCAAAAUGGUUAGUAGUUCAUUUGCCAAGAAAUAACAAUAUAUAGAAAUUUAAUGUCUGCUGAUUACGGAUGAUUAUAUGAACUAACAGUCAGGAAAAUGAAUCGACAUUCUUAUUGUGUUUGUGCUUAUGUUUCUGUUUGAUAUAAGAGUGGAUAUUCCUGGAAUUGGUUGCACUGUCCUUUCGAUUUUAGAAAUGAAUCUGCAAUUUGAUUUAAA